AAGCUCAAAAAAAGUUUGCUUAAAAAAAGUUGAGCUGUAUAGGGUUUGUGUCGAUUCUAAAUAAUUUUCGAUAUAAACAGAUAUUAACUAAGAAUAUAAUGUUGGAAGGGAAAGCUAAGGUGAUGGAAAGCGACAUGCCGGAGAAGAUUCGGAUUCAUGCCAUGGCCUCCGCCUCUCAAGCCCUCGACAUCUUCGACGUCUCCGACUACACUUCCAUCGCAGCCUACAUAAAAAAGGAUUUCGAUAGGACUCAUGGGACUGGAUGGCAAUGUGUGGUUGGAUCCAAUUUUGGAUGCUUCUUUACACAUUCAGAAGGAACAUACAUUUACUUUGCAAUGGAGGCUCUAAAUAUUCUUAUUUUCAAAGCAGCACCUGCAGCAGCAUGACUUCCAAUGCAUAAAUAAAGACACAAGAAAUCUUUCAUUGUAAUGAAACCCUAAUAAUUUACACAAGAUCUUUUGCAACAUCUCAUAAUGUAUAUUGAAGCCCGAUCGUCUUUCAGUUAUGGGAUAAAGGUUUACAGAUGUUAGCUGCUCUUUUUCGCUAUAUACGUUUCAUAUAAUUCAAAGAAUUCGACAUAUAGAACAAUUUUCAUCAA